AGUGUUAAACAGCUGUUAUAGCUUUGAUGACGUUUUGCUUCAAUGCAUUUUUCAAUUUUCGCUUUUACAAACAUCAGUGAGAUAAAUUUUUAACAAAUUUAUAGAAAAUUAAGCAUUUUAAAAAUGAGCGAAAAAGUCUUGGAAGUGGUUGAUGAUGUGGGCGAUACUACUACGCCUACUGGUGCCAAUCGCAUCCAUUUUACAAAAGAUGUUAAGAAUGCAAUCGAUAAGGUGCUGAAAACUGAGGACCCAAUGGACUCACCUGACUUCAAUACGGUCGAUUACAUUAAUCAGCUCUUUCCAAAUGAGCAGUCUUUGGUGACCAUUGAUGAGACCAUACAACGUAUGCAAUGUGAAGUAUCUUUAAUUGAUGAUAAUAUACGCGCGGUUGUGCGUGGACAAACGAAUACUGGACAGGAUGGCCAAAUGGCUCUAACCGAAGCACAAAAAGUCAUAACAACAUUGUAUGCACACAUUAUCGAUGUGAAAACGCGUGCUGAAAAAACAGAGGAAAUGGUCAAAGAGAUUACGCGUGACAUCAAGCAGUUGGAUUGUGCUAAACGAAAUUUAACUUCUGCAAUAACGACACUAAAUCACUUACAUAUGCUUGUGGGUGGUAUUGAAAGUUUAAAUAAGUUAAUCGAAAAGCGUUUGUAUGGCGAGAUACUCAAUCCAUUGCAAGCAAUUACUGAAGUUAAUCAACAUUUCAAACAGUAUUCUGAUAUAGAUGAAAUAAAGAAUUUAUCGCAAAAUGUGGACAAAAUACAAGUAACUUUGGCUAAACAAAUAACAGAAGAUUUUAAAGAUGCAUUCUCGCAUAAAUCGGCUGCAAGUGGUAAUGCUGGCGGCAAGCAGCGUUUGGGUUUGAAUCAAUUGGCAGAUGCUUGUAAAGUGAUUUCAGUUUUGGAUCCAAAAGUGAAAAAGGAACUGCUAAAAUGGUUUAUAGCACAACAACUUGAAGAAUACGUACAACUGUUUCACGAGAACCAAGAUAUCGCCUGGUUGGAUAAAAUCGAUAAACGUUAUGCUUGGCUAAAACGCCAUCUACUUGAUUUCGAGGAUAAAUUUGGUGUUGUUUUCCCACACGACUGGGAAGUAUCUGAACGCAUUACUGUCGAAUUCUGUCGUCUAACACGUGAACAACUAACACAGAUCAUGUCGAAACGCAGCAAUGAAAUCGAUGUGCGUCUAUUGCUAUUUGCCAUCAAUAAAACACAAGCUUUUGAACAGCUGCUCUCCAAACGCUUCACCGGUGUAACUUUGGGCGCUGAAAGACGCUUGUCAACAACAGCGAUGAAAGUGCUACCCGAUAGUGGCGUAGUUGAUCCGAAUGCGCCACCGACCAUCGGCUUAUUUCAAGAUCAAAUUGGCAGUUGCUUUAAGGCACAUCUAGGUAUUUAUAUUAAGAGCAUCGAUCGUAAUCUAGCAGAGCUAAUGGAGAAAUUUGUGGAAAUGGCUAAGGAGCCCUUCAAAGUGGCCGAAUCGAAAACCACUGUGUAUCCAAGUUCUGCUGACUUAUUUGUUUUCUACAAGAAGUGUAUGGUGCAGUGCAAUCAGCUGAGCAAUGAACAGCCCAUGUAUGAAUUAGCGCUCGUAUUUAAAAAAUAUCUACGCGAAUAUGCCAGCAAAGUAUUAGAGUUUAGUACACCGAAAUUACUAACAACAACAGCGUCAAUUGGCAAAAGCAUGUCCUUACUCACACGCGAUAUGCAGAAUCUCUCCACAGCUGCGGGACAAGUUUUCCAUAAUUUUUUAAAAGAGGGCGAUACGCAACGUUUUUCACGCGAAGAUUUGAUACAAAUCUGCUGUGUGCUAACCACAGCUGAGUACUGUUUGGAGACAGUGCAACAAUUGGAGGAUAAACUUAAAGAGAAAAUAGCUACAGCAUUUGCCAACAAGAUAGAUAUGUCAGAGGAGAAGGACGUCUUUCAUCGCAUAAUUUCGAAUUGCAUACAAUUGCUGGUGCAGGACUUGGAGGCGGGCUGUGAAGCGCCACUACAGUCUAUGUCCAAAGUACAGUGGCAGAGCAUUAGUAAUGUUGGCGAUCAGAGCGCCUUCAUUAGCAGCAUUUGUGCGAAUUUCAAGCAGACCAUACCGGUGAUACGCGACAACUUGGCCACAUCACGCAAAUAUUUCACACAAUUCUGUCAUAAGUUUGUCAAAGCUUUCAUACCGAAAUUCAUAAAUGUGCUCUACAAAUGCAAGCUGACACACUCGGAUGGCACCAAUAAUGUUUUGGGUUGCGAGCAACUCUUGCUCGACACACACAGUCUGAAGACCGCAUUGCUCGAUUUGCCUUCAAUUGGUUCGAGCGUAAAUCGUAAGGCGCCCACCAGUUACACCAAAGUAGUGGUGAAGGAUAUGACACGCGCCGAAAUGAUUAUUAAGGUGGUUAUGACACCCGUGCAGCCGCCAGCGCAUUUCACACAACAAGUGUUGAAACUUUUGCCCGACAUUACCAUUGCGGAAUAUCAGAAGAUUCUAGAUAUGAAGGCUGUGAAACGUGUAGACCAGCUGCAAUUGAUUGAUCUGUUCAAACACACGGCCUCACAUGUGGCAGUAGUCGAUGGACUGCCUGAAAUAUCCGCAACAUCUGCUGAGGAUGAAAGCGCCAGCGCGCAGGCGCAGCCAGAUUUGAAUGUUAGCGACAAUACGGAUGCGAGUUCAACGUCAGCGAAAGCCAAUAAUGGCGCUGAAGAAACUGCGGCACAGUCGGCGGCUGCGCCAACUGGCGGCGCCACUUCCACUCCAAAACGUGCAUUUAUUUUCAGUGUCGGCAGUUUUACGGGCAGCGCCGAUAAAAAUGCCGAUGGCGCAUCGAAUAGCGGCAGCGAUCGUGGUCGCAUACGCAAGCUGGAGAGUUUGUUGAAGAAGCGUUUGCCAUAAGUUCCGUCUGCUGUUUAGUUGUAAAAUUUUUGUUUCUCACUUUUGUUUAUUUUUGGUGAGUACUUUACAUUCCAUUUUGUUUUCUUCUCUUAAUUUAUUUAUAAUAUACAUAUGUUUGAUUUAGUAUAUAUAUGUAUAUGUCGUUGCGAAUAAUUAAUAAUAAAUUUAUGGUAGUUUGUCUAUAUGUUUUCAGUA